AGGCAAUAAUGCGCAAUUAGGUACAGUGCAUUAUCACAUCAUCUGCACCAUUUUACUGUAUUUUCAUACUUUGCUUCAGCAGACAACAAACAGCACCAGCGGGUAUAUAUAAAGAUAGAUAGAUAGAUAGAGAUAUCUAGGGUUAAUGUUGUUGUGAGUGAAAGAUCUUGAAGGGAAUUGCGUGCGCCAUGAGUAGAGGUGAAAGUUCCGGUGGUGGACAGAGCUCUUUGGGGUAUCUAUUUGGGUCAGAAGAACAGCGAAAUGAAGCUCAACCCACAACAACACUUCCGUUACCACCCUACGGCGUUGAAAUCGACAACACCACUGUUAAUCCUCCUAACACCCAACUUGUUGUCACCAACAACCGAUCUCAACUGGGAAACAUUGUAACUGAUCGUCCAUCAACAAAAGUCAAAUCGGUACCCGGUGGUCAUUCAUCGCUUGGAUACUUGUUUGGAGAUAAGUGAUAUUUCAUUCUCCGACAUUGAUUGAUAGUACUGCUGCUUCUGACAAGAAGAAUCAAUAGUUAUCUGUGUGGGGUUUGAGUGAAUCCAUUAUAAUUUCAUUUUAUUACAAUGUAAAAAGAAAUAAAAUAACAAAAAUCAUGUGAGUGAAUACAAGUGAGUGAAUAAUGUGGGUCAUGUGAGUGAAAAAUAAACUAGUGUGUGCUUAGUGUGUGCUUUUUCUGCUACUUCAAUAAGAAACUUUGUAUAAUUUUAUUUAUGUUCUAUGACUGAUCUUUAGCUAGCA